GUGGCAGUUACGUGGAACUCCGCUCCUUUUAAGUUAGGGUGGACAACCCCCGGCUCCCCUCCCCAACUCACGGCAAGCUAUGUAGUGAGUUAGUUUUUGGUAUUUUAUAUGUCUGAACGUGCUCGGAAUGCAUGGGAAGAUGCGGAUAAAUAAAACAUAAGUUCGUUGGGCAGGGAAGUCAAACGAUUCAGAGCAUUCAAAAUUGUGUACCGAAGGUAGGAGAGGGAAAGGGGACUAUGACACACUGUAUAUUUUGCCCCCCUGCUAUUUUCUCUUCUGCAAAGGUUUUACAUCAGGACGAUAAGGUUUAUGCAAUCGAGGACAUCAAACCCGCAGCACUAAGGCAUUACUUGAUAAUUCCUGUGGAUCAUAUAGCAACAGUUAGGAAUCUUCAGAGAAGAAAAGAAGACUAUGCUUUAGUGGAACACAUGCUGAAAAUUGGACAAUCAUUAUUGCAAAGAGAUGCUCCCGGAGCCCUUCAAUACAGGUUUGGGUUCCAUCAACCUCCAUUCAAUAGCGUAAACCAUCUUCAUCUUCAUUGUUUUGCUCUUCCUUACACACCAAGGAGUACUUGCCGAUGCUGGAGUCACGGGAGAGAUUCCCGUCGACGCAGAGGUUGCGACCUGAGUUGACAGCCGAGGACCGAGCUGCGAUUGAGGUUAUGGGUCUGUGACAUAUUCUGUAUGUGCCUGAGUUUCGGGCAAACAUGGGAUUGCUGACUACACUGGCGGAGAGGUGGCACUCCGAGACAUGUACAUUUCAUUUGCCGAUGGGUAAGAUGACAGUCACCCUGGAGGAUGUAUACAGGAUUAUGUGGAUAUUGAUUUAUGGGGAGCUGAUUUCGUAUGAUCGAGACGGAGAUAGGGAUGCCCUUAGACGAGUGUUCUAGGAGCCGGGACUGGAGAUGAGGGUGGGACAAGUGACAUGGGAUACCAUGACAUGAACAGGAUUAGCACUACCAACAGUGUUGGCAGGAGUUAUCAGUGGGUUCCUUUGUAUCAGUUUUGUACCAUUUUGUAUGAUGAUGUAGACACCUGCGGGUGAUUGUAGCCAUAUGAUUUUGACAUCAUUGUAUC